AUGGCCACGUCUGAACCGAGAGCCACUGGCGGGGACCAGGACCCCAACUCUGACAAUUUAAGACCUCCGUCCACAACCUACGAAUAUGCGUGGAUGCACGGAUGUACACGGAAACUGGGGAUGAAGAUUUGUGGGUUCCUGCAGAAGAACAACAGCCUGGACGAGAAGGGGAGGCUCGCGGGCCAGAAGAACUUGCUCUCGUGCGAUAACAGUGACAGGGACGCGCGCUUCCGCCUCUCCGAGACCGACUUCUCCAAUCUGUUCGCCAGAGACUUGCUGCCAGCCAAAAAUGGAGAAGAGCCUACCAUUCAGUUUUUGUUGGAGAUUGUGGACAUCCUCACCAACUAUGUCAAGAAGACUUUCGACCGCUCCACUAAGGUGCUGGACUUCCACCACCCCCACCAGCUCCUGGAGGGCAUGGAGGGCUUCAACCUGGAGCUGUCCGACCAGCCCGAAUCCCUGGAGCAGAUCCUGGUGGACUGCAGGGACACGCUCAAAUAUGGCGUCCGGACAGGUCACCCACGAUUCUUCAACCAGCUGUCCUCUGGUCUGGACAUCAUCGGUCUGGCCGGAGAGUGGCUCACCUCCACCGCCAACACCAACAUGUUCACCUAUGAGAUCGCUCCAGUGUUUGUGUUGAUGGAACAGCUGACUCUGAAGAAAAUGAGAGAGAUGAUUGGUUGGGCCGGUGGAGAGGGAGAUGGACUCUUUUCACCAGGGGGCGCUAUCUCCAACAUGUACAGUGUGAUGAUGGCACGUUACAAGUAUUUCCCCGAGGUCAAGACCAAGGGCAUGUCUGCGGCUCCUCGCCUUGUCCUCUUCACAUCCGAACACAGCCACUACUCCAUAAAGAAGGCUGGAGCUGCUCUGGGUUUUGGCACUGAUAAUGUGAUCCUGUUGAGCACAGAUGAGAGGGGGAGAGUCAUUCCUGCAGAUCUGGAGGCCAAGAUCAUUGAUGCUAAACAGAAGGGAUAUGUGCCAUUGUUUGUGAAUGCCACAGCUGGUUCAACAGUGUAUGGUGCAUUUGACCCCAUCAAUGAGAUCGCUGACAUCUGUGAGAAGUACAACUUGUGGCUCCAUGUUGAUGGUGCGUGGGGUGGUGGACUACUGAUGUCCAGGAAGCAUCGCCAUAAGCUUGCUGGAGUUGAGAGGGCCAACUCUGUCACGUGGAACCCUCACAAGAUGAUGGGCGUGCCUCUCCAGUGCUCUGCAAUCCUGGUCAGAGAGAAGGGAAUCCUGGCAGGCUGUAACUCCAUGUGUGCUGGCUACCUGUUCCAACCAGACAAACAGUACGACGUCAACUACGACACAGGAGACAAAGCAAUCCAGUGUGGCCGACACGUUGACAUCUUUAAGUUCUGGCUCAUGUGGAAGGCCAAGGGCACCAUAGGGUUUGAGCAGCACAUUGACAAGUGUUUGGACCUGUCUCAGUACCUGUACAACAAGAUCAAGAACAGGGAGGGAUAUCAGAUGGUGUUUGAUGGAGUGCCCCAGCACACCAAUGUUUGCUUCUGGUACAUCCCACCCAGCCUGAGAAGCAUGCCUGAUGGCGAGGAGCGGCGAGAAAAACUCCACAGGGUAGCGCCAAAGAUCAAGGCCAUGAUGAUGGAGUCAGGGACCACCAUGGUGGGCUACCAGCCUCAGGGCAAAAAUGUCAACUUCUUCCGCAUGGUCGUCUCCAACCUCGCGGUCACCCAGUCUGACAUCGACUUCCUCAUCGAUGAGAUUGAGAGGCUCGGUCAAGAUCUGUAGUCCCUCUCAGCCGUCGCUGCUUUAGCGGCCAAAGGGCGAUCAUGCAGUCGUCUAUCUGUUGUAUUUCCAAGGCAAAUGCCAAUGAG